UCUGGAAGACAAAACAAAAAGUAGAUCCUCAACACUUCUAAUCUUAUUAGUCUGCUAGUGCUAAAAUGGGGAGUAUCAUUUCCAUGGCCCUCCUCUUCGUCUUUGGAGUCAUGUUGCUCAAUGCCGAUGUUGGAUCGUGCGGCUGCUUCAAGCGCAUCUUCGCCUUCGGCGACUCCAUCAUUGACACCGGCAACUUCCGCACAGGUUCGAUGUGGAUGCCUCCUUAUGGAGGGACCUACUUCCACCACCCCACUGGCCGCUGCUCCGACGGGCGUCUAAUCAUCGACUUCUAUGCACAAGCAUUGGGCCUGCCACUGCUGCCGCCGAGCGGGCCUGAGGAGAAUACGGGGAAGUUCCCGACCGGUGCCAACUUCGCCGUGUGGGGCUCGUUUGCGCUGAGCCCGGACUACUACCGGAAAAGGUAUAACUUAAGUAUGGGGCACGCUUGCCUCGACUCACAGCUCCGUUCCUUCAAGACAGUGCUCGCACGGAUAGCUCCUGGAAAAGCUGCCACCAAAAGUCUCCUCAGCGAUUCGCUGGUCGUCUUUGGCGAGAUCGGCGGCAACGACUAUAACUUCUGGUUCUUUGAUCCUCGCCGCAGUAGGAAUACGCCCCAUGAGUACAUGCCUGACGUAAUAACCCGCAUAGGUGCCGGCGUCCAGGAGGUGAUUAACCUCGGCGCAAAGACCAUCCUUGUUCCGGGGAACUUCCCCAUUGGGUGCAUCCCAGUUUACUUGAAUGAUCACAAGAGCAACAAGUCUACAGACUACGACCAGUUCAGCUGCCUCAAGUGGUAUAACGCAUUCUCCCAGAAGCAUAACCAGUUGUUGAAGGUGGAGAUCGGCCGGCUCAGGUCUCGCAACCCCAGCGUGAAGAUCAUCUAUGCAGACUACUAUGGCGCCGCCAUGGAGUUUGUCAGGAACCCCAAGAGGAACGGCGUCGACAACCCUCUGGUGGCGUGUUGUGGUGGCAACGGCCCCUAUGGCACCGGCCAUGGGUGCGACCAGAACGCAAAGAUUUGCCGCGAACCGUCCAGGUUCGCCAACUGGGACCAGGUUCACAUGACGGAGAAGGCAUACAAUGUCAUCGCCAACGGGGUGCUCAACGGUCCGUAUGCAGACAUACCUUUGCUCCAUGCUUGCUAGGAGAAUUUCCUUUUGAGGCAUGAAGACAUGUUUGUUGCAACCAAGAUCUGUUUCACGCGCUAGCUUCCUGGAAUUUUUAUUCAUGUAUCACCAUCUCAAUUAGUCAUGAACCAGUCAUCAACCCAUGCAAUUAAUGAGCACACAGCCUAGCUGUAUCUCUGUUUUUGUAGAACUAUUGGGUGAAAUAAAUACAUUAUGAAGAACACAAA